AUGGGCUAUGGAACUAUGAAGACUGUCUUGAUCCUCACGGGGCUUAUAGCCCUUGCCUUAAGCGUGGCUGUCCCACAACAUAAUUAUGAAUUUAAGACAGUUGAUGCGGACUUUGUUUACAAACAAAAGAAAGUGCUCUCUUUGUUCAAGAGCGUAGAGGAAAACGACAACUCGGCAGACUGUCACAAAGCUGGUUUGAACUAUGAUAUUGAAGCGAGCAUCAACAAGUAUACUAACAAGAAAGCAGUUGAGGAUUUCUUGUAUCUGCAACAGGGCCACUUUAAGGCUUUUAAUAGAGUAGUAGACUUCACCAGCCCGAAAGCAAUAAAUUUUGUCGCGGAAGUCCCAAACCUUUGGACAAGUACACCUUCAUGCCAAGUGCUUUAG